UCUCUCACACACACACACACACACACACACACACAGCUGGACCCUCUCUCACUGCUGUCCCGCUUUACUGCACACACACAGAGCGAGCGGAGUGGAUUAAUGACUGGAGCUGCUUCACUGCUGGGGCUGCUGGGGAUACUGGGGAUACUGGACUUUGACAGACUGCAGCUGGACGUCCAGUGCCGGACUGGUUGUUAGGAGUUGGAGGAUUAAGGUGUUGCUGGUGUCUGAUUGGGUCUCAGAGUUUGGAGAUUACAGUGUGGGUAGACUGGAGAGUGGAGUAGCCAGUGGACACUAGAGUUUGGACAUUGUGGUAUGUGUACUAGCCUGUGUAUUGUUGGGUGUUAGAUCUUUAAUCAUUGGCCAUUUGAUAGUGGACACUAAAGAUUCUACAUUGGCAGUACUGAUUUGGACACUAGAGUACUGUUAUUGUGAUAUAUGUAGCCAAUAUAUCUUUGGACACUGUGAACUAGACAAUCUCUUGUCUGAUGGUAGAUCUUGGAUGUUAUCAAUAGAUAGUGAGCCUUUGCAUUUGGAUCAUAAGUACUAAUUUGGUCACUAGAUUUAUGUUCCUGUGAUAUAUGUAUCCAAUAUAUCUUUGGACACUAGAGUUUGGACAUUGUGGUAUGUGUACUAGCCUCUGUAUUGUUGGAUGUUAGAUCUUUGAUCAUUGGCAAUUUGAUAGUGGACACUAAAGAUUUUACAUUGGCAGUACUGAUUUGGACUGCCAAAUCAUUGCCACUGAUUUGGUUACUGUGAUAUAUGUUUCCAAUAUAUCUUUGGACACUAGAAUUUGGACAUUGUGGCAUGUGAACUAGCCACUCUCUUAUCUGAGGGUAGAGAUGGGAUGUUAUCAAUAGAUAGUGAACCUUGGCGUUUGGAUCAUAAGUACUAAUUUGGACACUAGAUUUAAGUUCCUGUGAUAUAUGUAUCCAAUAUAUCUUUGGACACAAGAGUUUGGACAUUGUGGUAUGUGUACUAGCCUGUGUCUUGUCUGAUGCCAGAUCUUGGAUGUUAUCAAUAGAUAGUGAGCCUUGGCGUUUGGAUCCUAAGUACUAAUUUGGACACUAGAUUUAUGUUUCUGUGAUAUAUGUAGCCAAUAUAUCUUUGGAUACUAGAGUUUGGACAUUGUGGUAUGUGUACUAGCCUGUGUCUUGGUGGAUGUUAGAUCUUGGACAGUAGCCAAUUAAUCAUUGGCCAUUUAAUAGUAGUCACUAAAGGUCCAACAUUGUCAUGUAGAUCAUUAGUACUGGUUUGGACACUAGAGUACUGUUAUUGUGAUAUAUGUAGCCAAUAUAUCUUAGGACACUAGAGUUUGGACACUGUGGUAUGUGUACUAGCCUGUCUCUUGUUGGAUGUUAAAUCUUGGACAUUGAUCAUUGGCCAUUUGACAUUGGCAUUUAGAUCAUUAGUACUGAUUUGGACACUAGAGUAUUGUUAUUGUAAUAUAUGUAGCCAAUAUAUCUUUGGAGACUAGAGUUUGAACAUUGUGCUAUGAGUACUAGCCAGUCUCUUGGUUGAUGUUAAAUCUUAUCAAUAGAUGUUAUCAAUAGAUAGUGGGCAUUAAACAUUGGGCAUUGGCAUUUAGAUCAUCAGUACUGAAUUGGAUACUAGAGUAAUGUUAUUGUGAUAAAGGUAGCCAAUAUAUCUUAAGACACUAAUGUUUGUACAUUGGCAUAUGUAUCACUAGUAACAAUGUGAUAUGUAUAUGUAGCCAGACAUUAAAGACUAGACACUCCCAGCCAUAUUGAUCAGUACACAUUUGGACACUAGAUUAGGAUUAUUUUGAUAUGUGAGUAUACCUUUGGACACUCAAUAUAUCUUUGGACACUGGAGAUUAAUGCGGAUCAUUGGUAACGAUUUGGACACCAGAGAAUAGGUUUGCCAUGUGGAUCGUUAGUGCCAAUUGAGACCAGUCUAUGUUUUUUGCAAUUGGGAAGCCAAUAUAUCUUGGGGCAAAUAAUACUGGGAAUAUUGAUCAUUAAUAAAUAGUUGAUCUUUGGACAUAAUAAAUUAGACACUGCUAUAUGUAAUAACAUUAGCUAUGUGGAAACUAAAGAUAAGAAAUUGCCUCAUGAAUUAUCAGUAAUUUUUGAGACAUAAGAGAUUAGACAUUGCUAUAUUGUUUGACAUUAGCUACUGGACACUACUGAUUGGACGUUGCCUCAUGGUUUAUCCAUAACUCUUGAAUACAAGAGAUAAGACAUUGCUGUUUGGAUUAUUAGUAGCUAUUUGGAUACUAGAGAUUAAAAAGAGCCACAUGGGAUUACCAGUAACUAUUGAGACAGAAGAGAUUGGACCUUGAUAUAUGGAAUAUCUGUACCAAUUUACUAGAUACUAGAGAUUAGAUAUUGUCAUAUGGUUUGCCAGUAAGUACUGAAACACAAGUGACUACACAUUGGCAUAUGGAUAAUUAGCACCUAUUCAUAUACUAGAGAUUAAAUAUCGCCAUAUGGAUUACCAUUACCAAUUUUUUGGACACUAGAGAUUAGACAUUUUCUUAUGGUUUAUCCAUUACUCUUGAAACACAAGAGAUAAGAUAUUGCUGUUUGGAUUAUUAGUAGCUAUUUUGAUACUAGAGAUUAGAAAGAGCCACAGGGAUUAUCAGUAACUAUUGAGACAGAAGAGAUUGGACCUUGAUAUAUGGAAUAUCUGUACCAAUUUACUAGAUACUAGAGAUUAGAUAUUGUCAUAUGGUUUGCCAGUAUCUACUGAAACACAAGUGACUAGACAUUGGCAUAUGGAUAAUUAGCACCUAUUUAUAUACUAGAGAUUUGAUGGAUUACCAUUAACUUUUUGGACACUGGAGAUUAGACAUUUAAUAUCAGUAACUAGAAAAGAGAUUGGACCUUGAUAUAUGGAAUAUCUGUACCAAUUUGGAUACUAGAGAUUAGAUAUUGUCAUAUGGUUUGCCAGUGACUACUGAGACACAAGUGAUUGGACAUUGCCAUAUGGAUUGUUCGUACCUAUUUGUACACUAGGUAUAAAAAAGAUUAGACAUUGCCAUUAGACAUUGUGGAUUAUCAGUAAUUAUUUGGAUACUAGAGAUUAGAAAUAGCCAUAUGAAUUAUUAGUAAAUAUUGAGACAGAAGAGAUUAAACAUUGAUAUAAGGACAAUCAGGACUAGAGAGUAUGUUGUGAUGUAGAUAUUUUUGAAUAUUACAUUUUGAGUUUGGACACUAGAGAUUGUAUAUAUUGGUUGAUGAACAUCCAACAUCCUGGAUAUUGGAAUUCAUACUAUGACUAAUAUAUUUUAUGGAUGCCAGAUUUAUCUAUAACCAGUAUUUAUAGAUUUAAAAAAAAUUGUGGCUCAGAGAAUCAGCAGCCAGCAGGGUUCUGGAUAAUGGACAUCUGUUAUCUGUCUAAAUGCUAGACUUGGUUGUGCCGUUUUGGAAGUGAGGGCAAGCUUGAGUGAUAUCAGCAGCUUGGGAAAACACACACACUCCGCUCACACACUCACACACGUGUGUGCAUGUGUAGGGUCACACGCUGUCACUUAUUCGCUCAUCCACUCAUCCACUCAUUCACUCGCUCAUUCUGCACACACACACACACACACACACACAUAUGCACUCUCUCAUUCAUGCACUGACUGCAGAUUCUGUGCUCCAGUGCCAGGGCUGAACUGAAUGGCUCUACAGGGUAGAGCCUGUGGAUUCUAUACGUUUGAAUAAAGACACAUGAGCUGUUUUUGGAGCGGGACCACUUUAACAGGACCAGCAGAAGAGCUGUGAUUGGUUUAGUAAAGUUGGUUCUCGUUGUACGGCGUGUGAAGGAAUGGAUUUGUGACGUCGCAGCCAUGCUGUGUGGUUUACGGAGAGAAGGACGCAACACCAGCGAUGACGGGCCGUAUUCUAAAGGCAGUAAAGAGUCUGCGGUGAGUGACAGCAGUGUGGGCUCAAAGAGACGCAGCAUCGCAGAUGAGCACCGUGGGCUCACUACUGUGGAGCUGAUAAAGAGAGAGGGAUGCAGUCUCGGCCUCACCAUCUCCGGAGGCUCCGACAAAGACGGCAAGCCCAGAGUAUCAAACUUAAGACCAGGAGGGCUGGCAGCCAGGAGUGAUCAGCUGAACAUGGGGGACUAUAUAAAGUCGGUGAACGGAAUCAAUCUGUCCAAACUGAGGCAUGACGAGAUCAUCAGCAUGCUGAAGAACAUCGGAGAGCGAGUGGUGCUGGAGGUGGAGUACGAGCUUCCUCCAUUCGCUCCCAGCAAUCCAAACAGUGUGAUCUCCAAGACCAUUGAGGUGUGUCUGGAGAAAGAAGGCAAUAGUUUUGGUUUUGUAGUCCGAGGGGGGUUUCAUGAGGACUGGCAUAAGGCACGUCCUCUAGUUGUGACCUACGUCAGGCCCGGCGGCCCUGCAGACAGGGAGGGUACUCUGCGUGCAGGUGAUCGUAUACUGAGUGUGAAUGGAGUGGCUCUGAAUAGACAGAAACAUGCAGACGCUUUAACACUGCUGAUGCAGAGCACUCAGGAAGCCUUCUUCCUUAUCGAGUAUGACAUCACUGUCAUGGACUCAGUGCAGCAGUCCUCAGGUCCUCUGCAGGUGGAGAUUGUGAGGUCCGGUGGCUCUGUGCUGGGACUCAGCCUCACCACCGCCCUCUACAGGAACAAACACGUCAUUACAAUCCAGAAAAUCAAACAUGCGAGUGUUGCAGACAGGUGUGGUGCUCUGCAUGUGGGGGAUAUUCUCCUGGCUAUAGACGGGAUGAGCACUGAACACUGUUCUCUAAUGGAAGCUCAGCAGCUGCUGGCCAACUCCACUGACAUCACCAGACUGGAGAUACUGCCUUCACAGCACAGCCUACACGAAACCGUGCGUGUCCAGAGGAGUAGUCAGCGUCAGUGGGACUCCAAUGUGAACUACCUCAGUUCCCCCGCUCCACCCCCCCACAGCAAAACUCCCCAGGCCUGGAACAACACCACCCCUACACACUCCCACUGCAGAUCGGUGGCAUCAGGCAGCUCAUCUCAAACAUCAGGUUUUCACAGUUAUAACUGUGGCUCUGCGUAUCCAGCCACGUAUCCAUGCAACACACUGCCCCCGUACCCCUCCAGCCCCCGCAGCAACACCACCAAGAGGAGGCACCGGAGGAAAGACCACAAGAGCUCCUUGUCUCUGUCCUCCAGCACGGUGGGCGUGGGUGGUCAGGUGGUGCAUAUAGAGGUGGGUGAGGUGGUGUUGAGGGGUGAUCCGCUCACUGGGUUUGGCCUGCAGCUGCAGGGUGGAGUGUUCGCUACUGAGCCGCUGUCUGCACCAGCCUGCAUACGCUUCAUAGAGCCAGACACACCUGCUGAAAGGUGUGGGGUGCUGCAGGCUGGGGACAGAAUUCUGUCCAUAAAUGGAAUUCCUACUGAGGACGGAACGCUGGAAGAGGCCAAUCAGCUUCUUCGAGAUGCAGCUCUGGCCAAUAAGGUCACUCUUGAAGUCGAGUUUGAUGUUGCAGAAUCAGUUAUCCCCAGCAGUGGAACAUUUCAAGUGAAGCUGCCGAAGAGGCGAGGAGUGGAGCUGGGCAUUACUAUCAGCGCAAGCAAAAAGGCAGGCAGGCCUCUGAUCAUCUCUGAGAUUAAGAGAGGCAGCAUUGCUCACAGAACAGGUACGCUGGAGCCUGGUGAUCGGUUGCUGGCUAUAGAUAAUGUGAAGCUGGAGCACUGUGGAAUGGAGGAGGCGAUGGCUAUUCUCCAUCAGGCCGAGGACAUGGUCAGACUGCGCAUUCAGAAGGACGAGGAUAACUUAGAUGAGCUGGAGUCCUCUGGCUCUGUGAUUUUCACUGUGGAGCUGAAGAGACAUGGAGGUCCUCUGGGAAUCACCAUCUCCGGCACUGAGGAACCAUUCAACCCCAUCCUCAUCUCCAGCCUGACCCGCAACGGCCUCGCACACAGAACUGGGGCUCUUCACAUAGGUGACCGUGUUCUGGCCAUUAAUAGUAUGAGUCUAAAGGGAAAGCCGCUCAGUGAGGCCAUCCACCUGCUACAGACUGCAGGAGAUACAGUCACACUGAAGAUCAAAAAACGAGCUGAACCUGUUCUGGACUCUGAGGCGGGCAGUCCUCUGAGGGCCGGCUCUUGUUUGAGUGACACUGAAGAUGAGCGCUCUGAUUCUCUUCACCGCUGUAAGUAUUCGGAGCUCCGCCGCAUGACCACGCCCCCCAGCCUGGACUCAGCCAUGGACUCCUGGGAUAGCGCCGCCCUCGAUGCCUGCUAUGGCAACCAAGGGUCGUACAUGAACAGAGGGUCCAACAUGGCUGUCCAUCCAGAAGAGUGGAGACGGACCAAUCACAGGAGUCCAAUGGUCUCAAGGAGACAAGCCCACCAUACUGCGAUGUAUGAUGGGAGGUUAGGAGAGGAAGACUGGAAAUACUGUGGAUCUGUUAGUCCCACACGCUGCCAAGGGGAAAAUCAGGAGAGCUAUUGGUCGCAAGCCCUGCAGGACCUGGAGACAUGCGGCCAAUCAGAAAUUCUCCGAGAGCUGGAGGCCACCAUCAUGUCCGGGAGCACUCUGAGUUUGGGGGAUGAGAGUGAGGAGUGUAAUGACGGUGGGCUCAAUUCUACAUCAAUGGAAUCUAAGCAGGCUUGUGAGAACAGUAUGGAACUGAAGGAGUUGGGCCAGGCCACACACUUAGAGCUACUCAAGAUCAGUCUGAAGAAGGAUGAGGACAGCAGGGAUUUUGGCUUCAGUGUGUCUGAUGGUCUUUUGGAGAAAGGGGUCUAUGUGAACAUGAUCCGUCCUGAUGGUCCUGCAGACCAGGCGGGAUUACGACCCUACGACCGCAUUCUGCAGGUGAAUCAUGUGAGGACGCGGGAUUUCGACUGCUGCUUGGCCGUGCCGCUGAUGUCCGAGGCAGUAGAUCAGCUCCAGCUGGUCAUCAGCAGGAACCCCCUCGCCCAGACUGUUCUGAGUCCAGCUCGAGACGUCCUGCAGCUUUCAGACACGCUGAUCGCUCUCCCUGAACACAGCCUGAACACUGACCUCUGACCUCUGACCCUUAAUACAGCAAAGAAUACAGAGACACUGACUGUUUACUGCAGGGGGAAGACCUGUCUUUCACUCUUUCGCUCUCUCUUUCUCUCACUCUCUCUAUUUCUCUCUUUUUCUCUUUCCCUCUUUCACAAAAACACAAGCGCACAAGACACACACAAACGCACACAAGGAUGUUAACAGGGAUGGUACACAACCACUUACAACACACACACCACCAAUUGUUUUUCUAUAUUAUUUUUCCUCAAAAGUGGCCAUUACUAAUCUUUUUUUUUUAUUAUUGUUAUUAUUUUGUUUAUGACCACAACACACAAACACAUAUAAAUCCACAAAGUUUUUUUUUUUUUUUUUACUUUUUUUUUUGUUUUUCAUAAUUUUUUUCAUAAUUUUUUUAAAUUAAAUAAAUCCCUCCCCUGAGCAUAAGCCACACCCACACACCACACAUUGGUUCUCACACUACAUAAAUAUAUGUUUAUUUUUUUAUAUAUAUAGCAUUAGUAUAACACAUUUAAUAUAACAAAAUUAAUGAAUGAAUGAAUAAUUUUGAUGGGAUCAGAAUUUAAGCACUUUAUUUUCCCUCACUGUUUUAGUGCAUACAUAGACACACACAGACACACACGUGCAAAUAUAUAAGCACACUCUUGUACUUCUCCUUGUAGGUUUAUUUGCAUAUGCACAUGUAUAUGAGGUUCUAAAGCACAAACAGAGAGAGAGAGAAAGAAAAAGAGAGACAGACACACAUGUACACACACUCCCCACCCCCCCCCCCCCCCACACACACACACACACACACACACACACACACUCUCCAUGUUGUGUGCAGUGAUGAUGAAACUCUUGCUCUCGCUCACUGGGGACCAACAGCACACAAUGGCCAAAUCAGGAGGCGCAGUUUUUUUCCACUUCCCUCGACUCAAAAACAAAGCUUAAUUUUUGCGUGUUGCAGCUUUUGAAGGUUAAUGACCGUUGCAUUGGAUUGCACUGGUUGAGCGGUUCUCUCCUGAGUCAUUUUUAAAGGUGGGGGUUUGUUUUUUCCACACAGAGAUUAAUCCAGGUCCUGAAAUGACAUGGUUUGUAGUGCAUAUCCCUUUAUUCUGACACUGUAACCUACUUUAAAACCCAUUUAAACUGGGGCUUAAUGUGUGUAUAGAAAGGCACUCAUGCGACUGUUGAAUGAUGCUGUAAGGAACGUCAUCCAGAACAUCAUCCAUAACAUAACGUCUCAUAAUGUAAACCCUACGAGGAUAAAAAAACUAGAGGAUGUGAUGUUUAGAAGGAGUUCUGCUAUUUAUUUUGUUUUAAUUUUAUUACAGAUAAGCAUCUUCUGUGAUCUGAAGACUGAAGUCCCCUAAAAGGCUCUUUUAAUGUUCUUUUAAAUAAGAAAAGAGGGGACGUCAAGUUUUAACCCAUUCAAUGAAUGUUUUUACCCACAUUCCUCUGCUGUGUACGUCUUCUGUAACUACGCUCGUGGCAGUUUCGACCAGUGAUGAUGUCAAGUGUUAUGCCAGAUAAGAUGUAAAUGAUCGAUUUUAGUCAUGGAAAACUUUUUAAAUGUUUAAAUGUUUCCCUUUUUUAUUAGGAAAAUAAAGAAAGAAAAGCC